AGAAGUUUGGCGGUAGCCAAGAACGCGGUUACCUUGACUACCGCGACUGGCGGGGCUACUGGGACGCUCCCGGCAUGCCCCACGCGACGCGGUGCCGGAAGUGAGCGAGCACUUCCGUCCGCCAUCCCUACCGGUGCUGACUACUUGGUGUUUCUGUUCCUAGCUCUGCAAUCAUGAAGGAUGUGCCGGCCUUCUUACAGCAGAGCCAGAACUCCGGGCCGGGCCAGGCCGCCGUUUGGCACCGUUUGGAGGAGCUGUACACAAAGAAGUUGUGGCAUCAGCUCACACUUCAGGUGCUUGAUUUUGUGCAGGACCCGUGCUUUGCCCAAGGAGAUGGUCUCAUUAAGCUUUAUGAAAACUUCAUCAGUGAAUUUGAACACAGGGUGAACCCUUUGUCCCUGGUAGAAAUUAUUCUUCAUGUGGUUAGACAGAUGACCGAUCCUAAUGUGGCUCUUACUUUUCUGGAAAAGACUCGUGAAAAGGUAAAAAGUAGUGAUGAAGCAGUGAUCUUGUGUAAAACGGCUAUCGGAGCUCUAAAAUUAAACAUCGGGGAUCUACAGGCUACAAAGGAAACCAUUGAAGAUGUUGAAGAGAUGCUCAACAAUCUCCCUGGUGUGACAUCAGUUCAUAGUCGUUUCUAUGAUCUCUCCAGUAAAUACUAUCAAACAAUCGGAAACCACGCAUCCUAUUAUAAAGACGCUCUGCGGUUUCUGGGCUGUGUUGACAUUAAGGAUCUGCCAGUGUCAGAGCAACAGGAGAGAGCCUUCACAUUGGGGCUUGCUGGACUUCUUGGCGAGGGUGUUUUUAACUUCGGAGAGCUUCUUAUGCAUCCUGUGCUGGAGUCACUGAGGAGCACUGACCGGCAGUGGCUGAUCGACACUCUAUAUGCUUUCAAUAGUGGUGAUGUAGAUAGAUUCCAGACCCUGAAGUCUGCCUGGGGCCAGCAGCCUGACUUAGCAGCCAACGAGACCCAACUUCUGAGGAAGAUCCAAUUGCUGUGCCUUAUGGAGAUGACUUUCACACGACCUGCCAACCACAGACAACUCACUUUUGAAGAAAUUGCCAAAAGUGCCAAAAUCACUGUGAACAAGGUGGAGUUGCUGGUGAUGAAGGCACUCUCAGUGGGGCUGGUGAGAGGCAGUAUAGACGAGGUGGACAAGCGGGUUCAUAUGACCUGGGUGCAGCCUCGCGUGUUGGAUUUGCAGCAGAUCAGAGGGAUGAAGGACCGUCUGGAGCUGUGGUGCACUGAUGUGAAGAGCAUGGAGAUGCUGGUGGAACACCAGGCUCAGGACAUCCUCACCUAGUGCCCCAUGUCCUGCAGACCCUGUCUCCCCUGAAAUCAUCAGCACGGAUCUGUGUUGAAUUGGGAUGGAGUUUGGGAUCCUACUAAGAUUAGGAACUGUUCUUGCUAUAAAAGCAGAGAUCUUUCAUUGAUCAGGGUUUGAUUACUUGGAGAAGGCUCCUGUAUUGGAUGUUUUGUAGCCUGCAAGGGGAGGAAGGGGGACUCCUGGCCUAGGUGAUGAGGAAGGGCAAGAAUGGGAAUGGGGACAGAGUAAUCUCCACCCAAGUGGACCUUUUCCAACAUUGUCGGAGAAUGCUCCUAUAAUAAAUGCCUUUGCUUUGGUCUGCUGA